AUGAGAAAUGUAAGCUCAUUGUUCAAUGAUAUAAUUCAACAACUGAAGACUGAACUAGAAAAAAUUGAAUAUGUUUGCAUUACUGCAGAUUGUUGGAGUAUAUUCCACAGGUAAAAUAUUAUUUUUAAUUAUCAAAAAACUAAAUUUUUAAUUGUCAUUUAAUAAUAAUAUUAAACCUAUAUUUACAAAAUAUAUUUAUUGUAGAUCAUAUAUGGGUUUUACAAUUCAUUGGCUGAACCCAAAUACAUUGGAACGUAAUUCCUGUGCACUUGCUUGUAGACGUAUAUUAGAAAGGCAUACAUAUGAUAAUAUAGCAGAAAUAAUUGAAAAAGUCCUUACAGAAUUUGAUAUACAGUCUAAAACCACUAUAAUUGUCACAGAUAACACAGCAAAUUUUGUAAAAGCUUUCAAGUAAGUUCUAUAUUUUAGAAUUGCCUGUUUAUAUUAGUUAUGAAUGUUAUGAUUUAUAAUAAUGUAUUUUAAUGAAUUUAUUAAGCUAUGAUCGUACACCAACAUUUUAAAUUUUAUUUAGAAUUGUAAUUUACAAUAUACACAAUUUUGAUAAUCAGAUUUUAUUUUAACUUUUUCAACAGUAUAAAAAAUAGUAGAAUUAAUUAAUCUCUCUAAACGCUGGUGUACGAUCAUAGUUUGUUUUUACUUUUUAUAAUAUAUACUAAUUGUAUAUAUUUAUAUAUUGUUAUUUUUUGUAAUAGUUAUUCAUUUUAUUUUUAUAAUUACAAUUAUAAUUACAAAUCCGUAGUUGAUCAAUGUUCGGUUAUUAUUUGCUAUGUCAGUGGUACUACUAUUCAUGAAAGAUUAGUCGGUAUUGUCAAAUGUACCUCUAGUAAAAGAAUUAAUAUGGUUGAAUUAAUUUUGAAAGUUUUCAAUAGCUUGAACUUGGAUCCCAAAAAGAGUGUUGGUAAUUCUAUUGACGGAGCAGUAAAUAUGAUUUUUUGCUCAACUGAGCAAUGUGGCAAAAAAUCAAAUACAUAUAUAGUGUUACACUCAUGUUUUAAACUUAGUUAUUGGAGAUGUAACUAAUAAAAUUCUUCAGUCUAUUAAUUUAUUUGGAAUACUCAAUGGAUGUGCUGUUUUUAUUAAAGAAUCCCAAAAGUGUAUGGAUGUGUGGACUAAUAAAAAAAAGAAUAAACGAAUAUGUUAUAUAGAUGAGACUAGAUGGUGGUCUAAACAUAGUGCGUUAUCUAAAGUGUUUGGUCAUUUUAAGAAUCCAGAACCUAGUUUAUUUGUGGAACUUAUAACUAUAUUAAUUGAGAUUAAAAAUAACCUUUCUAUUACAGCUGAUGCUUGGUUUAAAGCAAUAGGUUCGAUUAUGCAAGUUUGAAACUGUUUUAACAGCUCAAAUUUAUUUGCGGAUUUUUCAAAAAACUACUCCGCUUUCUAAGUAUUCACAAGGUCAUGGAGUAAAUAUGAUGACAUAUUAUCAAAUGGUUCUGGCAACACUUGAAGAGCUUAAACUUAAUGCACGUGACUUCUCAAGUAUCAAGGAAGCAGCAGACAAUUUUGUUGCAUGGGCAAAUAAUAAAUUAGAAAUUGAAGACACUGAAGUAGAAGUUAGCCAUAGUUUUCCAGAAAUAAGAAAAAAAAAAGAACACGGAAAUUUGCCUAUGAAUCAACUGAUGAUCUACUAG